GACUCAAGCAGAAAUAUAUAUAGAAAAUAUAAAGAGAAAUUAAAAGCGCUUUCUUUCUUACUGCAAAACCUCUUUCUCUCUCUCCCGCAAACAGGAUCUCUCCCUUCCCUUCUUCUUUCUUCUUAGAAGCUCACGUCUGGUUAUAACCGAACCAAUUCACAACCAUCAAUCCAUAGAUUCGCUCCUAUUUCACGAGAUCCCCUUUCUUUUCUACUCCCCCACUUGUGUAUGACUUUUCCGGAGCUCCAGACAUUGCCGGCUGUUCUCAGGAGCAGUAAAGAACUGAAAUAUAUUCGCGAAAUCUUUCUGCAUUUCUUUUCCGCGCACAUUUCGCGUGCGUAUGUAGUGAUUGAAGAACGGGAGUGUGGGUUUUGGAGAUGUCGCAUUCUAGGAAGGAUUCCAUUGAUGGGUUAGGAGAUCGGUUCAAGAACACGGUGAGUUGCGAUGACCCGGAAGUUGACAAGCCGGAUUCCAAAGAACUUGAUCGUGGUUCGCCGCUCUCGCCGUUGCUUUUUCGCCGGAGGGGGACUGCUUCGACCGCCACCACCACCACAAGUAGUAGCUCUAGCUCGUCCGGAUCCGUUUCGGGUCGAAAUGCGCCGAACCCGGUUCCGAAGAGGCCAGAUUCCAGCCAUUCCGGCGAACUUUCAGGCUCUGCGGAUAGUUCACCUACGGGUCGUGUAUCCAAGAACGUGCAUGCGAGGUCUGAUUCCGGCGGCACACACCCGCGAAUUUACUCCGGCGGACAUUCCGCGACUUCUCAUUCUUCGAAUGCCCUCCCUGCUGGUAACAUCUGCCCGUCGGGAAAGGUUCUGACUACCGGCAUGGCCAGCAGGGCCACGAAGACUGAUGUAUUGGGGUCCGGCACUGUGAAUUAUGGCCAUGGGAGCAUAAUGCGGGGAGUUGGAGCGCACAAGUCCACUACUGGUGGCUCCGGAAGGGACACCACUGCUGGUCUAGCCACAAGUUCUAGAGGAUUUAUGACAAGUGGAGUGCGGAAUGAUCCGGAGGAGUUCAAGUCCAUGGGGAAUGAGCAAUACAAGAAGGGUAAUUACGCUGAAGCUUUGAAUCUGUACGACAAGGCAAUUGCAAUCUCUCCGGGAAACGCAGCUUACCAUUGCAACAGAGCUGCUGCAUUGAUUGCUGUAAAGAGGUUAGACGAGGCAUUGUGGGAAUGUGAGGAAGCCAUCAGAUUGGAACCAAGUUACGUCAGAGCCCACCAUCGAUUAGGAUCUCUGUUUCUCAGUUUAGGGCAGGUCGAAAAUGCGAGACAACACAUUUGUUUUCCAGGCCAUCAGCCACAGCACAUAGACAUGACAAAGUUGGAGAGGGUUGAGAAACAUAUAGGGAAAUGCAAUGAUGCCAGAAGGCUUAAAGACUGGAGGGGCAUGUUGAGAGAAGCUGAUGCUGCAAUUGCCUCUGGUGCUGAUUCAUCUCCUCAGCUAUUUUCUUGUAGAGCAGAGGCACUUUUGAAGCUAUCCCAAUUAGAGGAUGCUUCUUCAGGACUAUCAUUUGUUCCUCAAAUAAAGCCACCAUUAGCCGCUUCUUCCUCCUACUCCCAGUCAAAGAUUUUUGGAAUGCUUACAGAGGCAUAUAUAUACUUUGUACGGGCUCAGGUUGAGUUAGCCCUUGGAAGGUUUGAGAAUGCACUUAAAACCAUUGAGACAGCUCGGCAGAUUGAUCCUCGAAACAUGGAAGUUUCACUUUUACUCAGCAAUGUGCGUUUGGUUAGCCAAGCCCGUAGCCGUGGAAAUGACCUUUUUAAAUCUGAAAGGUAUACCGAAGCUUGUACAGCAUAUAGUGAUGGCCUCAGGCUUGAUCCUUCAAACUCUGUUCUUUACUGCAAUAGAGCAGCUUGCUGGUAUAAACUGGCACAGUGGGAGAAGUCUGUCAGUGACUGCAAUCAAGCGCUCCAUAUCCAGCCAAGUUAUACUAAAGCCCUUCUUCGACGUGCUGCCUCAAACAUGAAGCUUGAACUGUGGGCUGAAGCGGUAAGAGAUUAUGAAGUCUUGAGGAGCGAACUUCCGAAUGAUAAAGAAGUAGCUGAAUCUCUGUUUCUUGCUCAAGUUGCACUUAGGAAAUCCAUGGGGGAAGAGGUUGGUAAUUUGAAAUUCGGAGAAGUUGAAAUUGUUUCAGGACUUGAACGGUUUCGAGCUGCUAUUUCGUCUCCUGGGGCAUCCGUAGUGCACUUUAAAGCAGCUUCCAAUGUACAAUGCUGGCAGAUAUCCGCCUUCUCAGAUGCAUUGUGUAGCAAAUAUCCGUCCAUAAAUUUUCUCAAGGUGGAUGUGGAAGACUCCCCAGUAAUUGCUAAUGCAGAGAAUGUUAGAACUGUACCAACAUUCAAAAUUUACAAGGAUGGUAAGCGGAUGAAGGAAUUGAUAUGCCCUAGUCCAGAGGAGUUGGAGUCUUCAGUUAGGCAUUACAGUACAUGAACAUGACGAUCACACAUUUAUUUCCAGUUCCUCAAAUUUUCUGCAUGCACUUGUUCAUGCAGCCCACCGCCAUUCUCAGGUUACUGGAAUCUGUCUGCUCCCCCCGGCAUUAUACACGGGGGAUCUGUCUGUAUGUUGUUACUUGUGACCCCACCAGAUCAUUCACCCGCAUAAUCUCCCGCCAAAACAACAGUGUAAUUGAAAAAUAGAUUAGUUUCUUCCCCUUUGACAUUAAUUCAUUCAUUCCUCAGUGGCCUCCACGGCUUUUUUCGCCACCUUCCUUUUCUUUUUACCUUUUCCUCAAGUUUCCAUAUUUCUACCUUUUUGCCCUCAACUUUCCAUGUUCUUUCUCCAUUUGUCUCAACCUCCACAUGUAAGGUGAGACUGAAAUGUAAGUACAAUUUUAAAAAGAAAAAAGAAAAAAAAGAGAGGAGAUCCCUUUAGCUAAAUAGUCAUGAGAAUCUAGAAGAGAUGGAUAAGGAUCUAAACAUGUAUAUUUUGAUGAUGUACUAAUAAUUGUCGGCCACAGAAGGAUCCAGUAUAUCCAUCUCUUGAAUAGUCUAUGAUAUAUGUAGGGAGAUUUCAUGUAUGAAUAAGGGAUGAAGAAGAUGAAUGGCAUAACAUUGUCAAUUCCUUGUUCAAACAUUCCACCAAAAUAAAUGUUUCUCUUUUCUCUCUUCUCUAUUAAUUUUCUUGCUUACCAUUUCUAUGUUUUCGCACUUUUUGCUUACAUU